UGUUUCCGCAUAUUUGUAAUUUUUAUUUCUGCCAAUAUGUGGCGCUACUUGUUAUAUAUUAUGCUCCCUAACUGUAUCCGUUAUUCCAACAAACGCCAUAUUAUUAACACUCGUUGUUUCUUCAAGUUCAUAUUCGUGGUUUUAACCGAUCAACAUAUAGUUUGAAGUCUCAGAAUCAUUUUUAUGUAUUAAUUUUUAUUCAUUUUCAUCUAAUAUGUAAUUGCAACAAAAUGAAGAGAGACAUCAUUUCUUCGAUCUUUUUGUUGAAAAUAGUACUAUCUACUUUAUUGAAGACUGUUCUCUGCGGAGAUCCACCAAUAAUUUCUCCAUUUUUAUUUCCACCCGUAUUGAAAGAAGGGGAAAGUGCUAAUAUUCUUUGUUCGAUUCGUUCUGGAGAUAGACCUGUGCAAUUCAAGUGGGAAAAAGAUGGACAACCCUUGAAUGUGGAAUCCAAAUUAGAUGUUCAGUCAUUAAAAGAUUCUUCUGGUUUGUUUAUUGAAUCGGUAGAUUUUAGAACCGCUGGGAAUUAUACUUGUAUUGUUACAAAUUCUUUUGGCAAGGAUCAAUAUACUGCAAGACUUGUUGUCACUUCCCCUCCUGUAUGGUUGAAAGAACCAGUAGAUACUAUUGUGAAGGAGGGAGAAAGUAUUUCAAUAGAAUGUCAGGCAUCGGGUGUACCUACUCCAAGAAUUAAAUGGAAAACAGACGUUAGUGGUGUGACAAUAGCAUUAGAUUCUUCUGGUACAGUUCAUACUUCUCCUACUGGAACUUUAAUAAUUGUAAAAACAUUGUAUUCUAUGGAAGGAUCAUACACAUGUGAAGCUGAGAAUGAAUUCGGAAGCCCACUCAGUAAAACUAUUUCUCUUAGAGUACGUGGUAAGUAGAUGAUGCAGAUUGGCUCCACUGGCUGUUUUCCUUACAGUAAUACGAAAAAUAUAAUUCUUGUCACACUUGAACUGUGAGAUAAAAAUUAUUUUUUUCGUUUUUGAUCAUAUUAAGUGCUGUUUUUACUGUCGCGCCUUAAAAAAUAUUUCCCUUAGUUGUUU